UCCCACGCACUCUCUCAUCCUCUCACUCUCCAUUCGACACCGUCUUUUCUCCUGCAGCUCAGGCAACUAUUUUCCCCCAACGAGCGUCUCUUUGAUGGAGUCCGCCCUUGCUCUUAUCCUAUUCCCCAUGUCCCACCGCAACUUGCCACAGGUUCCAUUUUCGCCAAUCAUUGCUCCUCGCCCCGUGUUUCGGUGAAUUGGCAUCGACAAUGCUGGAUUCUGUUACACUGGGCCUAUCACAACUGCAUAAACGUUGAACUGGCAUUUGUUUUAAUCCGGUACUUUAUUACCCAAUUCAGGGUUGGCUUGUGCUCUACAAGGGAGAUAAGCAUACUCGGCUUUCGUCGGUCUGCCAAUCGUUGUGGAUACCUCGCGUGCUGCACCCUCCCAUCAGCAUGGCUGACGCUCCAUCCGCCGCGUAUCAAACGAGUUCCAAUUUGGGUUUAUCUUCUUCACAAGAUGGUCGCUCCAUCAACUCACGUCCAGACACUCGCCGCUCUACUACUUAUGAUCCCUUAGUUUCCAAAACGACGCAAGACCCUCAGGUUGAUGGCAAAUCGACCCCGGGAAAGCGCGCGAAACGGAAGAAAAAGCAUCGAAAACGUCAUAAUCGUCGACAAUCUUUCAUCAGUGCCGAAGAUCCUCAUGCCGCAGCUCCUACUACCCCGGGGCCCGAAGUGGAACACAUGGCUAUAAUGGCGGAUCAGACCAAGUCUCGAGGCGCGCUUCCGUUCUACAAGCUGGGGAGAGACUUAAGUAGCACUAGUCUGGAAAGUGAAGCUUUACUGGACCAUAGAAAUCAGCCCAUGAUGCGGCCGCGCAGAGACAGCCGACUUACUCAAUCUUUUCGGCCCGGAUCCUUGUCCACUACAGUCCGUACCGGUGAUUUGGGCUCUCGUAAUCAGCCGUCUGGUAUAAGAACUUUUCCAGCCGAUGAUGACAGCGAUGGCCCUAACCCUGCGGAUGAUCGGACACCGUUGAUGCGCCCGUCAUCCGCUCAUAGGCCCAAUAUCUCUCGAUAUGGAACCGAUUCGAAGUCGACACCAUUCGGUUUUCUCCAACGACGUUCAUCAGUCCAAACGGACUCGUCCCGAUGCUCACCUCGUCGCAUCCCAAGCCCCGGGUUUCCCGAACAGGAUCGCGAUUAUGAUAUCAACAAUCCGCCAUCGAUGCCAACUUCACCAAAGCUUGGGGCCGACAUGGGCUAUGAUGAUGCGGUGGUGACGGGGACUGAUUUUGACUUCCCGUUGGCCAAGUCUAUCGACAAUCGGAUGGAAUCGAUGCCCCGAUCACACGACAUGGUAAUCGAUGUUGAAAGCGGUACCAACCGAAUCCGGAGCUCUCCUCCAUCUUCCGUGUCGCCGCGACAUCGUCCUCCGCAAGAAGGUCUCCUUCGACGCCGCACUUUGCCUGUCGAAGAAGACGUUUGUUUUCCAACGGAGGAAGUAUCUGAACUGGCCGAUGAGGACGCAGCAAGGGCGCCGCGUGAAACCGAGCGUCGGAGACGGCGGCGCAGAGAAUGGCCUGACCUAUCAGUUUUGGAAGAAUGGAGCCGAGAGGAAAAGGAAGAUCGUACGGGUGAUUUUCGAGCAAAGAAGAUUAGCGAGCCCGUCCUUAUCGAAGGUCGUUUGCGUCCACAGUAUCAGCUUUGGCGACGCGAGGAAGAGGAGGCACCUUAUCGAUUCACAUACUUCAAUGAGGAAUUCCAGAGUACGAUACACGCCCAAACAAUAUCUGAGCUGGUACAACCGGGAGGCAGCUUCCGCGAGCUUUUUAUCCCCGACCCUCCGGAAUUGGAGGUUUCUUCGGACGAGGAGACGGAUUCCGAUCAUGACCCUGAAGAAGAGGCCUUUGACAAUAAACAUCACAACAACCACGACUAUGAUGGAAACAGGGCUUCGCCAUUUACUAACGGUCACCAUGAUACUUUGAGCGGUCCUAAGCAACAACCUCGCAUGUCUAUAAUCAGCGAAGCUGUUUCUGAAGCACGCACGUCAGCAAACGCCUCCCCAUCUCGGCGGCCGCAGCAACAAACGAAGCCAAAAAAAUAUGGGCCCCGGCCAACCUUCUGGCUUGACGUUCUUUGCCCCACGGAUGCAGAGAUGCGAGUGCUUGCCAAAGCCUUCGGGGUCCACGCGCUCACAGCAGAGGACAUCAUGAUGCAAGAGGCACGGGAGAAGGUUGAGCUAUUUCGGAAUUAUUAUUUCGUCAAUUAUCGAACCUUCGAUCAAGACCCAAAUAGUGAGAACUACCUGCAACCAGUGAAUAUGUACGUGGUUGUGUUUCGGGAAGGAGUCUUGUCCUUCCACUUUUCUCAGACACCUCACCCGGCGAAUGUGCGCCGGCGAAUCCGUCAACUUAUGGAUUACUUGAUCCUGAGCUCUGAUUGGAUAUCGUAUGCCAUAAUCGAUGAUAUCACUGAUGUCUUCGGCCCGUUGAUCCAGUCGAUUGAAGAUGAGGUCGACGAGAUUGAUGGCAUGAUCAUGAAAAUGCACUCCCCUGAGCCGGUAAUGGGCCAAAGCAGCAAGCUAGAGGACGAUGCAGUUGAAGCCUCGACUACGCUAGCUCCGGGCGAGGUACUUCGAAGGGUAGGGGUUUGCCGGAAGAAAGUGAUGGGCAUGUAUCGACUGCUGAGCAACAAGGCAGACGUUGUCAAAGGCUUUGCCAAACGUUGCAACGAGCAGUGGGAAGUGGCGCCGAAGUCGGAGAUUGGCCUAUACUUGGGAGACAUCCAGGAUCACAUCAUGACAAUGACGAGUAGCUUGACCUACUACGAAACGCUUCUGUCCCGAGCACAUACCAACUAUCUCGCACAGAUCAACAUUCUCAUGAAUGAGCGCCAGGAGCAGACUGCGGAUGUAUUAGGCAAGUUGACCGUGCUGGGCACAAUCGUUCUUCCACUUAACAUUAUCUGUGGCAUGUGGGGAAUGAACGUCAAGGUACCGGGUCAGGAUAUAGAUAGCUUGACAUGGUUUUGGUCAAUUACGGCUGGUUUGAUCAUGUUCGCCUUUGCGUCAUUUCUCAUUGCCAAACGGGUGUAUAAGAUUGUGUAG